CAGAAAAUAAUCAUCUGGCCACGAAUUACCAGCAAAAUUAGCCAAGAUGUUAGAUCUUUUUACUAUUUUUAGUAAGGGUGGCAUCGUUUUGUGGUAUUUCCAGGGAACAUGCCAGGCCCUUGGAUCAUCAGUCAACGCCCUGAUCAAAAGUGUCAUCUUACAGGAGCGUGGAGGGUCGGACACAUUCAACCAUGAGUCCCUUACCUUGAAGUACAAAUUAGACAACGAGUUCGAACUCAUUUUUGUUGUCGCCUACCAAAAAAUUCUCUCGCUUUCCUACGUGGAUAAAUUUAUCGACGACAUCCACCUCGAAUUCAGGGAUAAAUACAAAGAGGAUUUAAAGAUCGGGAGCUUGUUUGGAAAAUUUGACUUCACGAAUGAGUUCCAACGAGUUCUGCAGAUGGCGGAGAGGGAGAAUAGGGACAAGGCUAAGCUAGGGAAACAGAUGCGGACAUUUGAGGAGUCUCAGAAGUCCAAGAAAACUAUAGCUUCCAUGAAGAUUGAACCCAAGAAAGAAGAGAAAAAUAAAAGUAACAAAGCCAAGAAAGCAGCUGUGAAGCCAGAACCAGCCCCUGUACCCAAGGUCAUUACCAAUGGGACCAAAGCUAACCUAGAUGAAAAGCGACUUGAUGAGGAGACUAUCAUGAGGAACCGUGAACGUCUCUUCAAUAAGACCAAGCCCAAGAAGCUUGAGAAACCAAAAGUCAAUAAGAUCGAAGACAAGAAGAAGAAAGGGAAAGAGAGGAGACAGUGGACCAACGGAGGGACAACUAAAGAUAUGGCCGGACUGGACUACAGUGCAGAGAAGGGCGGUGACGGAGAAAACGGAGGGAUGAAUGGAGGAAGGAAGUUCCCAUUGGAGGAACAGAUGGCCAUGGUCGGCUCGAUGGCGGGUGAUCUUCAGAAUAUCGAUGAGUCUAGCGGUGAAGAGGAGGAGGAGGAUGAGGAGGAGGAGGAAGAAGAAGAAGAGCAGGAGGUCACUGAGUCCAAGGGGAAUGUCAAGACGCAGCAGCCGAGCAAGAGCAAGUCAUCUAAGUCCAGUGGCUUUGGCGUCUUCAACAUGUUCAGGGGCCUUGUUGGGUCCAAGACACUCACUAAGGAAGACAUGGCCCCGGCAAUGAAUAAAAUGAGAGAUCAUCUUACUGCCAAGAACGUGGCUUGUGACAUCGCAGAGAAACUGUGCGAGUCUGUGUCUACCAAACUUGAAGGCAAAGUCUUGGGCACUUUAAACCGUGUGACAUCCGUGGUGCGAGAGGGCAUCCAGGAAUCUCUGGUCCAGAUCUUAUCUCCCCGUCGUCGCAUCGACAUCUUGCGAGACGCCAUGGAAACACGCUCUCGUGGCCGACCUUACUCUAUGGUGUUCUGCGGCGUGAAUGGCGUAGGGAAGUCCACAAACUUGGCCAAGAUUUGUUUCUGGUUGGUGGAGAACGGUUUCAACGUCUUGAUCGCAGCAUGCGACACUUUCCGUGCUGGGGCCGUGGAGCAGCUACGCACCCACACCCGUCAUCUCAACGCUCUACAUCCCGCCGAAAAACAUGAUGGGCGUGCUCCGGUCCAGCUGUACGAGAAGGGUUACGGGAAAGACGCUGCCGGUAUCGCCAUGGAGGCUAUUAAAUAUGCUCGUGAUUACCACUUUGACGUCGUCCUGAUUGAUACAGCAGGACGUAUGCAAGACAACGAGCCCCUGAUGAGAGCCUUGUCAAAGCUCAUCAAAAUCAACCAGCCUGAUCUUGUCCUCUUCGUUGGUGAAGCUCUAGUUGGGAACGAGGCUGUGGAUCAGCUGACCAAGUUCAAUCACGCCCUGGCCGAUCACUCGGACAUGCAGCAACCCCGUCUCAUCGAUGGAAUAGUCCUGACUAAAUUUGAUACAAUCGAUGACAAGGUUGGGGCAGCUAUCUCUAUGACAUACACCACAGGCCAGCCCAUCGUGUUUGUCGGCACCGGACAGACUUACCGUGACCUCCGCAAGCUUAACGUAAAAGCUGUCGUCAACGCCCUCCUCAAAGCCUAAAAGAGCACCCUCCCUCCAUGAGAAGGCAAAAGCCCCAAACUCACCUUGCAAACGUAUACAAAAACCUCUUCCUAAUCAAGAAACAUUUUAUAUCAUACCACUCCAUCAGCUUAUUUAAGCAUUAGCUGUAAAGUGGGGAAUAUUUCUUUCAUAAUAAGUAGUAGGAUUGGAAAUUUUGCAUGAUGGCAGAUUAACUAAGGGAGGUUUGCGGAAACACCAUGUGAAUGUUUCUUUAUCCUGAAGACGAUAAGAGCAUCUGAUUGAAGCAUUGAGUCGUUAACCACAUUUUUUUCCAGAACCAACACUACUCAAUCACAC